GCGGUGCAUUCUGGGUGACUGAGGCAGAGCAGCAGCAGCAGCCGGUUGAGUCAACCUUCACUCCUGCUUCUCUUCCGGCCAUUCUGCCCCGGUCCUGCCCCGGUCCCCGGGCAGCCGGCUCCAGCUGACAACCUGCGGACACUGUUGUUGAACCGAGCCAUGGACAGCGGACGACGUCUCAGCGUGUAGCAGGAGGAUCAGUCUGACGCCAGAGAAUCAUGGAGCCAGAUGUGAUCCGCAUGUUCUCCUCGUCACCGCCGCCGAUGGAGGACGGCACAGAGGAAGAGGACGACGAGUUCGGAGACUUCGGCACCUUCUCUAAUAUCCCAAACAGCGUCAGCUUCACGGAGUUCGACACGCCGAUCGGUUUUAACCAGAACCAAGCGUUGACCGCCACCUCGCCACCCGAGCUCCUUGGCAGCAAAGGGCUGAUCGGCCUCAGCUCGUCUAAUGGCGCCCGUGGCUCCAACAAGGCGAAUGGCGUUGUGCCGGCGAGCCACAUGGGCGGCAGUCCCUCAGAAAGAACUGAGAUAAAAAAGAUCAAUUCCCACUCCCAGGAGUUAACAGUGAGCGACACCGCCGGCGGCGAUCCCGCCGAGUGUAACGGCGGAGGCACUGAGGUGCUGACCAACGGGUUUGUGACCUCUGACCUUCAGGGAAGCCCAUCCUCGCUGAACUCUGUCCACUUUGAGGACACCGGCAGCAUCUCCGUCUGCAGCCCGGUCGGCGAUUUUGCAGACUUUACUGCUUUUUCCGAAGUGGACGGAGGCCUCGGCCAGACGGCAGACGAGGACCUGGAAGGUCCCACGGAGCACAGCUGGGCGGUAGAGGCGUCCCAACACGACCAGCACUGUCCUGCAGAGCAGGGAACUACUGUCAGGGACUUGAACAGAACUGGACCCGACAGUUCUGACUCCAUAUCUGCUCCCUCUGAGGCCCGAGACGGGUCCGACCGGGGCCCGAGCUCCGACGACGACUCUCAAAGGGACGUAGUUUUAGCUCCGGAGCACUCAGCCUCGGAGGCGGUUUGCGCUCACAGAGCUCUGGUUCUGAACAGGGACGACGCGGACAACGGAUCCAGAGUGACUAUGGGCUGCAGUGAAAAUGACCUUUCACAGGACGAGAAGGGCUCCGGGACAGAGACAGAGACGUCUUUUGGCCGGCCUCUGUCGACGGACACCCUGGAGGAAUACGGUUACACGAGCACCACUGGCUCGGUGCCCUCACCGCCCCUCCAGGGGGAGCCAUCCACGCCCGCCGACCACAGCCAGCUGGCAGAGGACGGGGACUUCGGGGACUUUGGAGACAGUCAGGGCUUUGUGGACUUUGACCAGCAGGAUCAGAACCGGCAGCACGACUCUGAUCCCGCACAGGAAGUGACAAACACAGAGGAGGAAGAAGAUGACUUUGGUGACUUCAACUCCCCCAGAGUCGUCAGCGGUGGGGAAGAGGCGCAGGACGGACGAGAGUUCUCCGACUUCCCCGUCAGCAACAGUUUCGGGAACUUCAGCUCGGCAGCUGAGGGCGGAGAGGACGCCGGGUGGAGCGCCUUCGGGGAGCAGGCGGAAGAGGAGGAGGAGGAGUCGUGGGCGGCGUUCAGCUCGGAGCAGAACGUCGCUCCUCCUGCAGAGAGCAGAGAGGAGGAGGAAGUGGAAGAGUGGCAUGAAAGUGAAGCUCCGCCAGGCAGCGAGGAAACAGAUGGACAGUCGGCGUCUCUGUCCAGUCGCCUGCUGAAGCUGUUUCACAGCAGCUUCCCUCAGAGCGCCGCCGGUGCCACCCUGGUGGACGAGGAGGUGAUGUCACUGAGGAUUCUGCUGGAGCCUGCAGAGGACGAAAGUCCUGGAGCCGGGGACAGGAGGAGGUCGCCAGGCAACCGGAAGAGGUCGCUGGACAAUGGGUGUGUGCGUGGCGGCGUGUGGACGCAGCUCCAGGACGUCCACGAGGCGCUCGGCCUCCGGUACCAGUGGGGCGGCUCGCACUGCAACAAGGUUCUGCUCUGCUGCCUGGGCAUCGACACCCGGAACAUCCUGUUCACAGGACAGAAGAAGCAGCCGGUCAUCGUGCCGAUGUACGCCGCCAGCCUGGGGAUGCUGGAACCCACCAAAGAGCCCGUGAAGCCCGUCUCUGCUGCCGAGAUGAUCGCGUCGAUUGCUCAGGCGCCGGCGGCUCUGGAGAAACGCUCGUGUUCCUCGGACUCCGUGCAGCAGGAGGCGCUCCCGCCCGUCCAGUUCGACUGGAGCAGCAGUGGCCUUACCAACCCGCUGGACGGCUCUUCUCUAUUAAACCUGGAUUUCUUUGGUCCUGUUGACGAUUCGAGCUCCAACAGCUCGACAUCAACAUCCAUCCCAGGCGUCGACCCCGAACUGUUCGAGCUGACGACGGCCAAGAUGGACGCUGGCGGCUCCGGCAGCCGCGUCGCCGACGCCUUCGCCCGCCUCAUGUCCACCAUGGAGAAGACCAGCACCUCCACCAGGAAGCCGAGGAAAGACGAGAACCUGAGCGAGGAGGCGUCCAGGGUCAUCUCCCGUCUGCCCGACCUCUCCUUCAUGCAGGCCAAGGUUCUGAUGUUCCCCGCCACGCUGACGCCGCUCCAGUCCCAAGCUCGCCCCUGACCCCGCCCCCACGGCCCCACCCUCGGAUUCAGUCCAUUUUAUACAACAGUUUUUGUUUUUUAAUUAAUUGAUUUAUUUUAUUUGUCAUGUUGAGUUUUUUCACAUGUAGAAGAAUCAUCGUUGUGUAAAUAAUCAGGGAUUCAAUGUUGCUUUUAGUUUUUUAGAUUCUGAUUUUACGUCUGUGAAGGAAACUUUGGGUCAAACUGAAGAAAAGAUCAAAACAUUUAUAAACAUAUGAAAUCUAUAUCUAUAUUUAUGGACUUGACACCACACUGCCUGUUUUUACUUCUUCAUUUAACCCUCAGUGUCUACCUGUCUCUGUCUCUCUCUGUACCUGUCUGUCUGUCUGUCUGUCUAUCUAUCUGUCUCUCUCUGUCUCUCUCUCUAUAGUCAUCUUUUCAUUGCUGUAGAUUCGGAGCUGAUCUCCGUCGUCCUGUGGAGUUUUUACUUUGUGUCUGUUUUCUGUUGGGGGGUGAACUGGUGAACUGGGGCGUUGAGAUGAAACCACUGAGACUGGAGUCUCAUCAGAACCAGAAGGGAAGUUAAGGGACCAAUCGGUGCGUCGCGUCGUCAAAGGAUGCACUCUAAUUCCUGUCGCUCAUGUUUUGUUGUUGGAUGAUUUUGCACAUUGUACAGAAGAAGUUCACUGUACAGUCACAGAGGUCAGAAGGUCGUGCAUGUCCAGCUUCUCUUCAGACUCCGAGUGUGUACAUUUGACUUUUAGUGUAAACGACAAAUAAAAAUAAUUUAAGAGAAAAA